AAAGUACCGAACAGUUAUUAAAAAAUACCGAAUAGUGUCUGGUACAAUCGAAUUUACUCUUUUCACUUGCAUAAAUUGAUUGAUAUUGAAAUUUGUGAGACAGAACCAAACUUAACUCAUUCAGUAACAAAAGAAAAAACUUUACUCAAACACUCACACACAGAACAGAAGAUGAAAAUGGAGAUGGAAGCUUCAGUUGCAGCAGUGGAGAAGAUAAUCGGCUACACAUUCCUCAACAAGAAGCUUCUAGAAGAUGCUCUAACCCACACUUCUUACCCCGAAUCUGUUUCCUACGAACGUCUCGAGUUCGUUGGUGACGCUGUUUUGGGUCUUGCUAUCAGCAACCAUAUUUUCCUCUCUUACACCUCCGUUGACGCUGGUCAACUCUCUCUUCUACGUGCUGCUAAUGUCAGCACCGAGAAACUUGCUCGUGCAGCAGUCAAUCAUGGUCUUCAUCGUUACGUUCGUCACAACACGGUUAAUAUUGUUCAUAAGAUUAGUGAGUUUGCUGAUGCGGUUGAACGUGAGAAAGAUUGUGCUGUUGUUUUGUAUGGUGGUUCGGUUAAAGCCCCGAAGAUUCUUGCUGAUGUUGUUGAAUCUAUUGCUGCUGCUGUUUAUGUUGAUGUUGAUUUUGAUCUUAAGAAAUUAUGGGUGAUAUUAAGAGGUCUUUUGGAGCCAAUAGUUACAUUGGAUGAUCUGGAACGAAAACCGCAACCGGUGACAACGCUCUAUGAGAUCUGUCAAAAGAAUGGGAGAAAGGUUGAGAUAAGACAAUCGAGGAAUGGUGCCAAAAGCACUGCCAGUGUCUAUGUUGAUGGAGAGUUGGUUGCUACUGCUUGUUCUGAUCAGAAGGACAUUGCAAGGCUUGAUGCUGCCCAGAUUGCUGUGCAUGAACUAGAACGCGUAUUGCCUGCCACUACCAUGAUGUCCGAUCGUUGUAAAGGCCUUGAUGGUACCUUUGAAAUUGAAGCAGCCAAGCAGCAAUUAUAUGCAAUUUGCGGGACGAAAAAGUGGCCUAAACCAGUAUACAGCAUUGAGAAAGAUGAAGGUACUCCUCAGAAGAAGAUAUUUGUCACCUCUGUCCAGAUAGCCACUCCAGAUGGUAUACUCAAAAUGUUAGGGGAUGAAAAGUCUCGGCUGAAGGAUGCACAGAACUCUGCGGCUUCCUUGAUGAUUCGGGCCUUACAACAAGGCCAGUAUGUGUAACAAUUAUUGUUUUUAUUUUUUGAUAAAAGUGUUGUAACUAUAAGUAUUUGAUUCUUAAACUAAUAAUUAAGUUAAUAAGUGGCCAUUUUUUUUUUUUUUAAAA